AUGAAUAAGAUGUUUGUUAUAAAAAGAGGUGGAAGAAACGAAGAGGUUCAUUUUGAUAAAAUAACGUCUAGAAUACAAAAAUUAUGUUACGGAUUAAAUUUAGAUUAUGUGGACCCUAUUGCUAUAACAGUCAAAGUUAUCAAUGGGCUGUAUAGUGGGGUUACCACAGCUGAAUUGGAUAGCCUAGCAGCUGAAGUAUCAGCUUCAAUGACUACACAACAUCCUGACUAUGCAAUUUUAGCAGCUAGGAUUGCUGUAUCUAACCUUCACAAAGAAACAAAAGUAUCAUUUUCUGAUGUAAUGACUGACCUUUAUAACAUGAAAAAUAGUUUUAACCAACAACCCACACCCAUGUUGUCAGACUAUCAUUAUGAUAUUAUUAUAAAACAUGCAGACGAACUAAAUGCUGCAAUAAUAUACGAGAGAGAUUAUAAUUAUAAUUAUUUUGGUUUUAAGACUCUUGAAAGGUCAUACCUGCUAAAAAUAAAUGGAAAAGUUGUUGAAAGACCUCAGCAUAUGUUAAUGAGAGUAGCUGUUGGUUUACACGGUGAUGACAUUUCAAGUGCAAUUGAAACUUACAAUUUGCUGUCAGAAAAAUAUUUUACUCAUGCUUCACCUACUCUUUUUAGUGCUGCCACAAGAAAGCCUCAAUUGUCAAGUUGUUUUUUGCUCACAAUGAAAGAAGAUAGUAUUGAUGGUAUUUACGAAACCUUAAAACAAUGUGCAUUAAUAUCAAAAUCAGCUGGGGGUAUUGGUGUCAAUAUUCAUUGUAUCAGAUCUAAAGGUACCUAUAUAGCUGGAACAAAUGGAAUAUCAAAUGGAAUAGUACCUAUGCUAAGAGUUUUUAACAACACGGCUAGAUAUGUUGAUCAAGGAGGGAAUAAGAGACCUGGAGCUUUUGCUAUUUAUUUAGAACCUUGGCAUGCGGAUAUUUUUGAAUUUUUAGAUCUAAAAAAGAACACCGGUAAAGAGGAAACCAGAGCACGUGAUUUGUUUUAUGCUUUGUGGAUUCCAGAUUUAUUUAUGGAAAGAGUGGAACAAAAUCAAGAGUGGUGCCUUAUGUGUCCCAAAACUUGCCCAGGGUUAUCAGAUUGUUGGGGUGAAGAAUUUAAUAAACUUUACCUCAGUUACGAAGAAAAAGGUCUUUAUGUUAAAAAAGUUAAAGCUCAGAGUUUAUGGUACGCAAUAAUUGAAUCACAAGUAGAAACAGGGACUCCUUAUAUGUUGUACAAAGAUGCAUGUAACAGAAAAUCUAAUCAGCAAAAUUUAGGGACCAUCAAAUGCAGUAAUUUAUGUACGGAAAUAGUUGAAUACUCGUCACCCGAAGAGAUUGCCGUUUGUAAUUUAGCAUCUAUAGCUGUGAAUAUGUUUGUAAAACCAGACAAAACUUAUAAUUUUGAAAAACUUAAGGACGUUACUAAAAUUAUAACAAAAAAUUUAAAUAAAGUUAUUGACAUAACUUAUUACCCUGUACCAGAAGCUAAACUUUCAAAUCUUCGCCACAGACCCAUAGGGAUCGGCAUUCAAGGUUUAGCAGAUGCCUUCAUAUUGAUGCGUUUACCUUUUGAUAGUCCGGAAGCACAAAAGUUAAAUAUUCAAAUUUUUGAAACAAUAUAUUAUGGAGCAUUAGAAGCCAGUUCUGAAUUAGCCGCCAUUCACGGACCUUACGAAACUUAUGAAGGGUCACCCGCGAGUAAGGGGAUUCUUCAAUACGAUAUGUGGGGUGUAACUCCCACUAAUUUAUGGGAUUGGGAUGCAUUGAAAAAUAAAAUUAAAAAAUGGGGAAUUAGAAAUUCUCUUCUAAUAGCACCCAUGCCAACAGCUUCCACAGCUCAAAUUUUAGGAAAUAAUGAAAGUUUUGAACCAUACACCACAAAUAUAUAUACUAGAAGAGUGUUGUCUGGAGAAUUUCAGGUUGUCAAUCAACAUUUGCUUAAAGAUUUGACCGAAAUUGGAUUAUGGAACGAUGAAAUGAAAAAUACAAUUAUUGCAAAUGGCGGUUCGAUUCAAAAUAUUGACUCAAUACCCAAAGAAUUAAAAGCAUUAUAUAAAACCGUUUGGGAAAUAUCACAAAAAGUAAUAUUAAAAAUGGCAGCAGAUCGUGGAGCAUUUAUAGAUCAAAGUCAAUCUCUUAAUAUUCAUAUUGCACAACCUAAUUACGGAAAAUUAACAUCGAUGCAUUUUUAUGCCUGGAAAUUGGGUUUAAAAACUGGAAUGUAUUAUCUACGUACUAAACCUGCAGCUCAACCAAUUCAAUUCACCGUUGAUAAAACUAAAGUUAAUAACGCCAAUGUUAAAGAAGUUUCGACAGAAAAAGAUAAAUUUAAUAUGGAAUCAAUAUCUUGUUCUCUGCAAAACAAAGAUGAUUGCCUAAUGUGUGGAUCUUAA